AUGGCGGAUAAAAAUCAAUCACAAAAACCCCCUUUAUAAACUGGCACCACAGUGCAGCAAUAAUAGAAACCAACAGUAACAACUAAUACCACUUAGAAUACUCAAUAAUAGCAAAAACCAGCUAAUCAGACAAUUCAGUAAUAAAAUUCAACUUAACAGAAUACUCAAUAACAAUAAUAAACAAUAAAUUAACAACAAAAACUCAACCAAACAUAAGUUAAUUAGUAAAAUAGUACUGAUGUAAAAGGUGGAACUUCUUCUACUACAAAUAAUUAAUCCUUGUCUACAAAUUUGAAUUAAUAAACCUAAUAGUAAAAGCAAGGAUAAAUUGGAUAGUAAUAGUAGCAGGUUAUUGGGACUUAAAACUAGUCACCUAGCAAAAUCGGAACUGGUACAUAAAAUCUGCCAAGCUAGAGCUCAGAUAAGAAUCCCAUUGCUUAACAGAAUUAGAGACCAGAAAAAUAGCCAAUAGGAGAUAGAUUUAUUCCCCCUAUUCCUGAAAAGUGUGCUUUUUGCAAGCAAUUUGCUGAUGAAAACAAAAAGAUAAAACUUGAAUCAUGCAAUCAUAUCAUUUGCAUAGAAUGCUACUUCAACAAAUAAGUAAAAGAUGUUGCAAAUAUAACUUGUGCUAUCUGUAAUAUUGCAGUAAGAAUAGGAAAUUAGAUUGUAAAUAGAGAUCUGCCAAAGUUAAUGGAAUCAGCUGAAUCUACCUUUAUUUAUUGUAGUAUCCAUCCCGAGAAUCAAGUAACUGAGUAUUGCUUUGAUUCCAAAGAAUUAGUUUGUUCCUAAUGUAGGAAUUUUCAUAUAGGACAUUAGCAUCAGUAGAAAGUAAAAUGGUCAGAUAUCUCAGCUUAUUUCAAAAGAUGUCAAGAUAUAGCUACAAAAAACAGAACACUAUUGAUGCAAUUAAAUGAUAAAAUGAAUGCCUUUAACCCCCAGAAAUCUAAGACUAAACUUGACUCAUAAAGCUUUAAAUAUCUAAUUAACUAAAUUCAGUUUGGACUGAAUCAGCCUUUUGCCUCAUUAGAGGAAACUAAUUUUCUGCAAUAAGAGAAGCAAUAAGAAUCUAUCAAGUAGCUGUCCCUCUAAAUAGAGGAGAUUCAGAAAAACUUUACUUAAAACAGUCAGUUUAAUCCAGAUAAUCAAAAUAAAUUCAAAAAUAUGUAUAAUUAGACUAUUGAGAAAGGACUCGCCUAGAUGAAAAACUUGUCUUUUUAAUUGCUUUAUUGGGGCAAGAAAGAUGGUUUCACUGCAGAAAAAUAUCAUUAAAAUUGUGAUUUAAAGGGGUCAACUGUAACAAUCAUCAAAGCAGAAAAUGGUCAGAACUAUGGCAUUUACCUUUCUACAAAUAUAGUUUCAGCUACUGAACUAACACCCUAUCAUGAUCCUUCUGCUUUUAUUUUCUCCUUGAAUCAAAAUGAAAUUAUAAAAGCCUAUUAGAGUGAUGAAAGUUUCGUUACUCAUUGGAGUCAUUCAUUUCUAAUGUUAGGAGGUGGCUAAGAUUUAUCUAUCUUUGAUAAGUGCAAUGAAACUUAUGAUAAUAUCAUUUGCUAGCUUACACCUCAAAGUGAUCCAAAAGCUAGAAAGACCUAUCAUCAGAUGAGAUUUAAAGUAGUUGACAUUGAAGUUUAUGCAGUGAAAUCACUUAAUUGA